GCCUAUGGGAUGGCUUUAGGGCUCUGCCCCUUGCUUUUGGCUCUCUCCCUCUUUCUCAUUCUCUCUCGUGCUUUGAUCUCUGCUUAACAACAGUAACGUCACAGAGACUACACCAGGAGAGUUUUGUUGGAAGUUAGAAAGUUUUUCAGCCUCCAGAGGGCUGUAGCGGCAGUAGCAGAAGCAGCAUCCAAGGGACUCCUGGAAGGGGAAGAGAGAGAGAGCGAGCGAGCGACUGACUCAGUCCUGCUGCAGAGAACUGACUCGAGGCGACGAAGGCAGACAUGGAACAUCAGCUGCUGUGCUGCGAGGUGGAGACCAUCCGACGAGCCUACCUGGAUGCCAGCCUCCUCAAUGACAGGGUGCUGCAGACAAUGCUCAAGGCGGAGGAGACCUGCUCGCCCUCCGUCUCCUACUUCAAGUGCGUGCAGAAAGAAAUCUUGCCAUAUAUGAGGAAAAUAGUUGCCACUUGGAUGCUGGAGGUUUGCGAGGAGCAGAAGUGCGAAGAGGAAGUUUUCCCCUUGGCUAUGAAUUAUUUGGACAGAUUUUUGUCUUUCGAACCCCUCAAGAAAAGCCGAUUGCAAUUGCUCGGAGCUACCUGCAUGUUUGUGGCUUCAAAAAUGAAGGAAACUAUUCCUCUGACCGCAGAAAAACUGUGCAUUUAUACAGAUAACUCCAUUAGACCCGACGAAUUACUGCAAAUGGAGCUGCUGCUGGUGAAUAAGCUGAAAUGGAAUCUGGCCGCAAUGACCCCCCACGAUUUCAUUGAACAUUUCCUCACUAAAAUGCCUCUGGCAGAGGACACCAAGCAGAUCAUCCGUAAACAUGCUCAGACUUUUGUGGCUCUGUGCGCUACAGAUAUUAAAUUUAUUUCAAACCCACCCUCCAUGAUCGCAGCUGGCAGCGUGGUAGCAGCUGUGCAAGGCCUGCAUCUGGGGAACACUAACACUUUCCUCUCCUAUCAAUGCCUCACACAUUUCCUAUCACAAGUUAUCAAAUGUGACCCGGAUUGUUUACGAGCCUGCCAAGAACAGAUUGAGUCCCUCCUGGAGUCCAGUCUACGCCAGGCACAGCAGCACAACGUAUCCUCAGAAACAAAGACUGUAGAGGACGAAGCAGACCUCUCCUGCACGCCUACUGAUGUGCGAGACGUGAACAUUUAAAGAGGACUUCCUAAAUGGAUUUGCUUGGCAAGAAAAGCAGACAAAGAAAGGGCAUCUGAGAUGGAAUCAGCGUCAGGAUCUCCCCCCCAGAAACCCUUUUCUCCAGGACGUUUUUAUACCAGAAGGGAAAACCAGUCUUGUUAUAUUUUUUUCCUCGCUCUGUCUCCCUUCCAUCUGUGACUUCAAACAAACAAAUAAACAAAAAAUACCCCAAAAACUGUCUUAAAAAAAGAAAAAAUAGUAUUUGCAUUACCCCCAGGGGUUUGUGCUACAAAAAUAGAGGAUUUUAUACAAUAAUAAUCAACUAGUUUUUAUAUUGAAGUGUUCUUGUCUGUAUGUUGUGAAAAUAGGCAUUAACACACAAAAUGUCUCCAGGGGAGGUAUUAGAUUUGAUUUCUUACAUAUAAAACAAACCAACCAACCAUUUUUAAAGUAGAAGAGGGUGUUUUUUUUUUAGAUAGUAAAUGAAAUAUUCUUUUUCUUUAAAAAGCAUAGCUUUAACGCAGUUCUAGGCUUUUCUGUAUCUUGCUUGCUUAUGCAUUUAGUCACUUUAUAAUUCAUCUGUAAAUGUUUAUUUUAUUUCCUUAGGUUUUUUUUUUAUCCUCUUCACCUUAUAAAUGGUUAACGUAACCCAUAAGUUAGUGUAUAUUAGUAUGCAGCAUUAUUAUAUGUUAAUCUUUUUUUUUUUUUUGUGCCUGUGGAUUGCCUGUGCAUUGAGGCAUUUGUAGGGUUCCAGCUUAGCGUGGUUGGGAAAGGCCAAUGUACUACUCAUACAGGACCCUAUUAUAAAGAGAAACCGAAAUAGUGACAUAAUAUAUUAUAUUUUUGUAAUCUUCCUAUUUUUGUAGUUACCUGUGUAAAAAUGCUGUUCUGACCCCACAGAUAUUCAGCCUAAUUAUGGUCAGGUUCAAUCCACAGUUCAGUCUUUUUUUUUUUUUUUUUUUUUUUUUUGUUUGUAAUAUUCUAAAACCAUUCCAUUCAAAGCACUUUCAGUCCAUUAGAUAUAGGAAAUACAUUCUUUUAUUGUGUGGGAAUUUUUUUUUUGUUUGUUUGUUAUUUUUAAUGGAAUGGUUUGGAAAUAUAUAAAGUGCUUGUUGGCAAACUUGGAAUUGCAAAGCAAGUGCAUUUAACUAUGGUGUUAGAGGAGAGGUGAUUCUUUUUUUCCGAAGGUUGUGUUCCAGUGAGAGAAAAUUGCAUUCACAAAUUGCCAGGAUAUCUUCCUUUCCUUUUCUAUAGAAAAGUUUGGAGUUUAGAAUCCUUUGGUGCCAACUCAUCUUUAUAAAUUAGGGGCCUUAAAGGUUCACAUAUAGGACACAUAGUUUUAAGGAUUAUCACUAGAUGUUUUUACAACUGAAGGUUUUUAAACACUAAAAUAUAUAAUUUAUAGUUAAGGCUAAAAAGAAUAUUUAUUGCAGAGGAUGUUCGUAAGGCCAGUAUGAUUUGUAAAUUAAUGCAAUUGCCCCUUUUGAAAAAGAAAAUCUUUCUACCCUUGAUGUUGCAGUUUUAACCCAGCUUAUUAAAGCAAAAAAAAAGGACACGCUUCAAAGAACAAACCCAAAACCAGGCAGUCUAUUUGGCCCCUUCCUAUACAUUUUCAAAAGCAGUCUAACCAUGAAAAACGCCAUAGUUAAUAGAUAUGAAAAUUGGAGUACUUGAAAGAAGUUUUUAUUCCAGAAUAUGCCCCAUUUUUGGUUGGUUUUUUUUUUUUUAAUUUAGCUACAAAUAGAAAAUUUGCACAUCUUGGCUAUGUAUCUUUUUAUUAUUAUUUUAGAAAGUAGCUGAAGGGACGUGGACAUAGCUGUUGAAGUUGAUGCUCGAGGAGAAUGUGAUGGUGAGAUGUAUGUGAGAAAACUGCCGCUAAGGUGUUGAUUGUAAAAAAAAAAAAACAACAACAACAACAAAAAAGAACAAAAAAAGGAAAAAAUGUAAAAAAUUCAAAAGAUAAAAAAAAGAGAAAAAGACAAAAGAAAAGGAGUGGAUGCUCCGUUUUUAUUGAGCUGCUAUGGAUAAAUUCCCAGCAUGGUUUGAAAAAAAAUUAACAUUGCUUUUCUGUAUCUUUGUCAUUGUGUUUUGCUGCUAUUUUGUGGAUCAGUUUUUUUUUUUUUUUUUUUUUUGUUAUACAAUGUCAUAUACUGCCAUGUAAUAGGUUUUAAUUUUCUCAUAGAAAAUUAUAUUAUUGACAUCAUUUUUUUGGUAGAUUUUUUUAUGUGAUCAAUUUUUACUUAAUGUGAUUACUGCUCUAUUCCAAAAAAGGUUCCUGUUUCACAAUACCUCAUACUUCAGUUACCCGUGUCUAGACCAGGUUUUGAUGUUCUUACAGUGCCUCGUAGUUCUACUGCAAACAGAAAUGCAUCAAACAUUGCUCUGAAUGGGUCUCUGCAUUAAUUUAAAAACUAGCAGACAUUUCAGAAGAUCAAUUUAUGUCAAGGGUUGGGGUUUUUUUGGUUUUUUUUUUUUGGUUUUUUUUUGUUUUUUGGUUUUUGUUAUGCAUUUUAUAAAGCUGGAUACUUUGUCUGAUCUGGGGUUUAUUAUCAUAGUAGUUUUAAGUUGUGUUACUAGCCACAUUGAUAUAUGAAAGGUGCAGUAUAAUAUAACUCUUGUGUGCCACCUGAUGUGGUUCUCCCUCAGCUAGGACACAUCAUUUGGUAUGAUAGGUUAUCUUCUGGAACUCUAAGUAUUUUGUGUGUUUAAUCUGUUAUGAUAUACUAGGGGGUUUUUGUUUGUUUUGGUUUUUUUUUUUUUUUAAUAAUUAUAGCAUAAUGCUAAUUUAAAAAAAGCCUGUAAAUCUCAUAAAUAAGCCAGCUAACAGAGUUGUAUGCUGAAGAAUAAUCUAGCUGUUGCCUGUAUGCUGCUAAACCAAAACAGAAUUAGAACUCAUUUUGAGGCAAAUGCAGUUAAGAUCCUACAUAGUGCAUAAAUAAGCAUUGCAAUGCUACUAGCAGUCGCAGGACCCAGGAGGACUGGAUACAUUCUGUCCAAAUUUCAGGAACAUUUCUUACUGCUUACCUCAUAAAACACUUCUGUUUGUGGCAUCUCUGUGUCCCUGAACCAAACAUGAUUAUUGAGUUUAGUGCUUGUUGGUUUUAUUAUGUGUUACACUGAGUGGUAGUGUGUACUGCAAAUUUUUUUUGAAAUAUUGUAUGUACUGAAAAAGGCCAAAUCCAGAUAAGUGGGUUCACGUGCCAACAGAGAUGCUUUAUUUGUCACGUUAUUAUAACAAUCUGUAGUAAGCAAAAGCAAUUCAGAUUUGUACAUUUUUAUAUUGUACUUAUUGGCAUCACUGGUCUGAAAUGCACAUUUUCACCAACAGACCUGUAACAGACAAGUUUCCAGCAAAAAAAUCUAAAGUCUAGAAAUAAAAUUGGUAAAACCCAA